ACAAAGAGACCCCUAAACAGCUCUCCCAAAGUCUCAUAAUACGAAAACAUGGCUCGGUCUGUUUCCACAAUAAAAAUCCUCUAGAUUCUGUCAACUAAUUCAACUAACGUUCUGUGUUCAGUGGACCGUAAGACUCCGUCAAAAAACUCUGGAUAUCGUGCUGGAGGGAUGGGCGACCACAGGAGGAGGACUGGAUCCAUUGGGGGAUUUGGCGUGCCAUAUUUUGCAACUUGAGCUUUAGAUGCCAAAGUUCCGCCUUUUCACACCUUUGGAUGCCCUCCAAUUCCCGGAUCGACCAAAUCCUCCCUUGAAUUUCUGUGCGCGGUGAAUAUGAAGCUGAUGCCAAUUUCUAUAACAGAAAGAAGCACUUGAAGAGGCUUAAUGCCCCCUCUCAUUGGCUGCUCGACAAACUCUCUGGGAAAUACGCUCCCAGACCCUCCCCUGGUAUGUUUCGCUUCACUCGUUGAAGUAGUCUCCGGGCUCGUCUUUACUGACGGGUCUUGUCACCAGGCCCUCACAAGUUGAGGGAUUGCAUGCCCCUAGUCGUUUUCAUUAGAAACAGACUUAAGUAUGCCCUUAACAGCAGGUGAGUCCCUCCCUGUUCAAACUUCAAGAAACAUCGUAACAGGAUAAACAGAGAAGUCAAGGCCAUCUUAAUGCAGCGUCUCGUCAAGGUCGAUGGUAAAGUCCGUACUGACCCUACCUUCCCUGCUGGCUUCAUGGACGUUAUCACCAUUGAAAAGACCGGCGAGCGCUUCCGUCUUAUCUACGAUACCAAGGGACGUUUCACCAUCCACCGUAUCACCGAGACCGAGGCUGCAUACAAGCUCGCAAAGGUCAAGCGUGUUCAGCUGGGUGCUAAGGGGAUCCCGUAUCUUGUUACCCAUGACGCCCGCACUAUCCGCUAUCCUGACCCCACCAUCCGUGUCAACGACACUGUCAAGAUUGAUAUUGAGACCGGAAAGAUCACUGAGUUCAUCCGCUUCGAUACCGGCACCAUCGCUAUGGUUACUGGUGGCCGCAACAUGGGUCGUGUUGGUGUUAUCACCCACCGCGAGAGACACGAUGGUGGUUUUGAUAUUGUUCAUAUCAAGGAUGCUAUCGAUAACACCUUCGCUACCCGCCUUAGCAACGUUUUCAUCAUCGGCCAGGACAAACCAUGGAUUUCCCUACCAAAGGGCAAGGGUGUCAAGGUUCGUAUAUAUAUAUCCUAUGCUCUCCCAUGCCGCAUACCGCAUGAACCAUCUGCUAAUCCGACAUUCACAGUUGACCAUCGCUGAGGAGAGGGAUCGUCGCCGUGCUCACGCUCUUUCAUAGAUGUAGUUUCUGUAUGUCUAGGUCAC